AUGGCUCUUGUACCCACUCGCCCAUUCUUCGAUUCAUUUCAGUCUUCUCCCUUCUUCUGCAACUCCCUCUUCCGCCACUCCCGCACAUCCUCUCCCAAUUCCACUUUCCUACGUCCCAAACCACUCAUCUUCUUUCGUUGCAACCCCGCCAGAAGUUUCUCCUCCGAAAAAGACUGGUUGAAACGGUGGAACCACCCCGCAAACCAACACCACCGUCCCAAACCGCCACGUGCGGUUCUAGACUACCAAGGUUCCGGAAAUGGGCACGCAUCAAAAUCCGGUUCUGUGAGCUCUGACGAGGAGGGUGGUGGUAAUAGCCGUGGAAGCACCAUGGAUAGGAUUGUGGAAAAAUUGAAGAAAAUUGGGUACGCUGGUGAUGGGAUUGAGAAUAAAGAGAAAGUGAUAGAAAAAGGGUCAGUUGAAGAUAUAUUUUACGUGGAGGAAGGAAUGUUGCCAAAUGCACGAGGUGGGUUUUCUGCAGAGUCUCCAUUAGGGUUUGGAAUAUUUGGAAGGGAUGACGGGGAAGCGAGGUUUCCGUGGGAGAAGUCAGUGGCUGAAGAGUUAGAAGAUAGGAAAAGCAUGAGGAGAAGUAAGCCCUCUUUGGCGCAAUUGACUCUUCCCGAGUCAGAAUUGAAGAGGCUGCUCAGGUUGACUUUUGAGAAGAAGCACAAGACAAGAAUUGGGAGGAGUGGGGUUACUCAAGCUGUUGUGGACAAGAUUCAUGAGAGGUGGAAGACGGCAGAGAUUGUGAGGCUCAAGUUUGAAGGCGAGGCCGCGCUCAACAUGAAGAGGAUGCAUGAGAUACUGGAGGUUUGCUGUUUAUCUCUGGCUUCUUGUGUGUCUAGAAAGUAUUUCUUUGUUGCAAAACUUGUAGGGUGCCUGGUGGGAACGAGGAGUGUUUAUUGA